AUGCAACAAACUUUCUUGGCUCUCGCUGUUCUCUCUGCUAUUGCUGUUCAAGUCAGCUUCGCUUGUUUUGCUUCUGGAGUUUGUGGAGGCGGCUGCCCUCCACCCCCACCACCUGUAUGCCAUGGAGGAUGUGGUGGUGGAUAUGGUUGUGGACAAUACGGUUGCUACCGCAUGAAAGCCAGAGCUCGCUCAGCCAAAACUCUCUCUUUGAGAGGAUCCGAAGAAGAAGCUGAACAACCAAAAACACCUGAUGAGAAAUUCAUGCAAUGCUGCAUCGACAGAGACCUUCCAGACUCCUGCUUAAGCAAAUGCUCAUUCCGUUCUUACUCUAAAACAGCUCUCCAAGCAAUGUAUUUCAAGCAGGAUAGAUGCCCAAUGCAAGCGGCAGCUGACAUCCAUUACUGUGCCGCUCAAGGAAAAGAUCAUACUGACUGUUGCUACAGGAAUGGAGUUUCCACAACCUUGGCUGGUUCUAAGUGUAUGACCUUCUGCGACCAACGCCCAGGAAAUGUUACUCAACUCGAUCUGACAUAUCUAGCUUGUUAUGAUCGUUUCGACAACAUGAAGGCUUGCUUCUGGCAAGAUAUCAACAGAGAGGAACAGCAACCACAGCUGUCCUUCUCCGUCGAUGAGACCGAGCCAGCCCAACCUCGCCGAUUAGCUUCUGCUCGAACUUUCACCGCCAAAACUUUCCAGUGA